CGUAAGUAAGAUGAAAUCACUCUUCAACGUAAACUGUAUCGUGGUGUUGGUGCUGUGCCUAAGCAAUGCGUUUGCCAGUGAUACUAAUAUGGAUAACCAAACUGAGAAAGCAAUCCCACAAGUGUCCGCAAGCGCACAGCCGCAUGUGACCAGCAAUUAUUCUCAUUCUGGACGAAUUGUUAACGGAAAGGCUGCGGAUAUCGCAUCAUUCCCGUACAUAGUGGGUUUGCGCGUGAAAAACGUUUGUGUGUGUGGAGCUAGUGUUAUUACAUACUGGCACGCUUUGACUGCUGCUCACUGUGUAUACUUCAAUCAAAACAUUUCUGAGAUCACGCUACACGGUGGCAGUGCGUCGCUGAGCAAAGGUGGAAUUGUGUUUUACGCCAGCAAAAUCGUAAUUCAUCCAUUGUUUAACGUUGAAACAGCUGAUUACGACGCAGCAAUAAUCCAGGUGAAAAACUCCUUCCAAGGAUACAAAAAAAUUGCUCGCAUACCUCUCCAAAACGCGGAAGUUCCUAGCAAUACUUUAUGCUGCGUGGCUGGAUGGGGUUAUAAUGGACAAACAUAUCCAGACAAUCUGCAAUAUGCCGCCCUGCUAGCAAUAUCACAACGGCAAUGCUCAGAAGCAUGGUUUGGCUUAACUACACCCGAAAAUAUUUGUGCUCAGCGAGGCAAAAACGGGGACUUGUGUGCUGGCGAUAGCGGAGGUCCAUUGGUCUGUAACGGAAAGCUAACAGGUGUCACUUCGUAUGGUGGAGAAGGUUGCCGGAGUGAACUACCGUCAGUUUUCACUAAAAUUACGGCUCCUGCCAUUAGGCUUUUUAUUAAGACUUAUGCGGGAAUUUGAGAUACUUCUCAUGUUUCUAUUCCUGCGUUACUUUCAGGACUUCUUGGACCGUUUCGCUUGAAAAGCAAACUACUAUUGCAGGGUGUGCAAACUAUGAAACAGUAGAGCAAAUUUGUCUAAUUUUUGGUGUUACACUGAUGAGCUUAGAAGAGCAGAAUCAUUAUCCUUUUUAUCAUUCUGGAUAUGUUUCCCAAUUUUAUAUUCAGAUUUUCAAGAGUACAACACAAGCAACAAGCCAGGGACGCAUAAUAACAGUAGUCUUUCGUCAUCGAGUCAGUCACCAGAAGUGAAACAUGGAUCUGGAGGGAUAGGCAAUUUUAACGGGAUAAAGAGAGCAAGAUGAUCCAGAAUUUCAAAGCAUAAAUAGCAAUAUUAGUAUGUUUUGUGUUUGUAUGUAAAAGUAUUCUAUAAAAAGCAAAAAUAGCAAUAUUAGUAUACGCGUACAUGAACGUGGAUGUGUUCAAUAAAACCAUACAACAAGGUCUCCGGACCAUAUUAUGUAGCAAGAUUUGGAAAACACCAAAAAGUGUAACCUGGCAAAUAAGAUGGUCAGAAAUGAAAUUAAGCAUGAUUAGAGUAUUUGGUAUAAAUUGAGUUCGGGAUAACAGGUUGUUCUGUGCUUAAAACGGUACUAAAAUACUAAAUUACGGUUAAUAAUAUAUUACGGUGUUGUAUACCGCCUAUCAAGCAGGGGGCAGAGAACCUUGGAUUGCAGAUAAACGAGGCAAAGACCAAACUGAUGGUGGUAACAUCAGCGGUAAAGUCUUUUUAGGCUGUCCACAAGGACAGAGGAGGCGUGGUAGGGCUAAAUUGAGGUGGCAAGAUGGCGUGGAGCGUACGCCAUUAAGGUCGGGAUAGCGGACUGGCAAACGAAGGCGCGAAACCGGACCUGGUACUGUGUGACCUAUUGUUGAAGACUUAACCUAAGAAACAGGAACAAUGAAACAGUAUGAGAAAACACUCUUUACGUAAUUAAAUAUCAAAUGGUUUGAUUUUUGCGUGUGCAAAUUCGAUUCGGCGAAGCCCUGUAACCGGCGU